AUGGAGCUCAAACAGAAGGAAUCCCACUUCGUACACUAUCCCCAGAUUCGUGAAGGUCCCUCCGUUCCCUAUCAGAACGAGACGCAGUCAAUUCCCGUCUUCCGAGGCACGCCUCUGGCCAUCGGAGCUGCUCUUAUUCAUUCUGUUGGUUUUAUUCAAACCUUCUUCUGGCGUAAUGCCGGGUUUGAUGUCAUUCAGAAGGUACCUGAACUUCGCCAGUAUGCUCCUCGUUAUGAUCCAACGGUGAUUCCGGUGGGCGAUUCGAGCACGUCAGCAGCAGAGGAUCUUCCACCGUCAUCAGCAAAAGAGAAAGGAUCUACCGGCUACUACAGUUCGGCAGAUUAUCAUGCGCUGUACCGCUCUGGGAAACUUACUCCAACCGCUGUCGCGGAGACGCUGCUACCGCUGAUCAGGCGUGAUGUCCAUCCACCAGGGAAGCACUCGGUCGCCUUUGUGGAAUCGCAGGCGGAAUUGGUACUUGCGGCCGCGGAAGCGUCCACGAAGCGAUAUAAGGCGGGACAGCCACUGGGCCCUCUCGAUGGCGUGCCAGUUGCAGUGAAGGAUGAGGUGCACGUUGAAGGAUACCAAAGGAACUUGGGGAGCAAAUUGGACUUCAAAGGUGACUUUGAUGGCACCUCCUGGUGUGUGGAGAAGCUAGAGGAAGCCGGAGCCGUUGUUAUUGGGAAGACAACUAUGCAUGAACUCGGUCUAGACACCACAAACAACAACCCAAACUACGGGACGCCAAAGAAUCCCCACAAUCAGGACUACUACUGUGGUGGUUCAUCAGGAGGGUCUGGCUACGCGGUCGGCGCAGGCCUCGUCCCAAUCGCCCUGGGCGCAGACGGCGGCGGCUCAAUUCGCAUCCCCUCCUCAUUCUGCGGCAUCUGGGGCCUGAAACCCUCGCAUGGACGCAUCAGCAGCUUUCCUACAGCCUCGCUGGCUCCCACAGUGGGCGUCUACGGGCCGAUGGCAGCGAGCGUCGACGACCUUGCUCUCGCCUACCGGCUCCUGGCGACGCCUGCCCCUGCCACGGAAGACCCAGUUUCCGCAAACUUCCCCGACCCCAUAUCCAGCCUCUCAGCCAGCUACCCGCGACCCAAGAACAAGACCAUCGGCAUCGUCCGCGACUGGAUCGACCGCGCCGAACCGCCCGUCCGCGCCGUCUUUGACGCCGCCCUCGAUUUCUACCGUAAACACUCCUACACCGUCGUCGACAUCGCCAUCCCGUACCUCCCCGAGGGCCAGCGCGCUCACAUCCUAACCAUCAUGGCCGAGAUCGCCUCAGGCCUCACCCCCGCGCAGAUCAGCACUCUCACCGCGCCCACCAAAGUCCUCGUCUCCAUGGGCAUGUGGCAGAUCACCGCGCAGGAUCUCAUCGCCGCCCAGCGCCUCCGCAACCUCCUCAUGUCCCACCUCGCCCAUCUCUUCCAGCAACAUCCGGGCCUGCUCAUCCUCACCCCGACGACCCCCAUUCCAGGCUGGAAGAUCAGCAGCGCGACGGACCUCGUCCGCGGCGUAUCGGACGGCAAGGGCUCCGUCCGCAACAUGGAGUAUGUCUGGCUGGCGAACUUCACCGGAUGUCCGGCGAUCAGCUGUCCCGCUGGCUAUGCCGGUGGCGAUGAGGGGGCGCGGGUCCCCGUCGGUCUGAUGGCGAUGGGCGAGUGGGGAACGGAGGAGGAUCUGCUCGCAUUUGCCAGGGACGGAGAGGCGAUUCUGGAUCUCCCUAGGAAUCAGCUAUCGAAGGCCGAUGGCUUGAAAGAAGGGUCCUCGGGAUUAAGGAUCCCAAGCGGUGAAGGUUGCUCAUGGGAGGAUGUAAUCGCAAAGGCUACGGCCGCAGCUACUUCUAACUAA